CGAAACCAAGUGCUGCAGUUCAUUGAGACCAUCGCUGGAGAUCCCAUAGAGCCCUGGCAACCAGGCGAGAGAUCUUUGCCUUGGCGUUUCCAUUCUGCACUCUCUUGCAAGAGGGAAAACUGCAGAAUUGGGGUGAGGCACAGAGAACAACCAGAUCGCUGCACUGGAGCUCAAUACAGCAAUAUUUUCUGAGGUGUGACAACAGUGCUGGAAGAAUUGGCUUUGGCAUAUGAAAAAGUAGUGGGAUAUCCAGAUGUGAGCAUGGGCAAGAAGAAGGCUAAAAACCCAAAAGUAAACUCAGCCAAAGAGAAGGAUGUAUUUCCUGAUAUAGUCAUUGGCAAGAAGAAGGCAAAAGGUUCUAAAGCUAAGAAGGCUUCUAAAGAAUGUGCAGGAGCCGUAGGCUCUUCAGCAAAAAAUCUGGCAAAAAAAUGUGGCAGAAAGGUGGAAAAAAUUCCUUCUGAACAAGAAUUACAGUGCUUCGUAAGACAGAUAAGUGAAUUAAUUUUGAAGAACCUACCAAAAGCUGAAGUCAGCUUGCUGAAUGGUUAUGUUGAGUCAGAAUGUAUUUUGAUUGAUGGCGAUGCACUGUUUAUCACUUGUGCACAUGACUCAACAUUACAGCAAGGACAGAAUUUGCACUUCUUUUACCUAGUGGAAUGCUUUUUACUGAAUUUAGAGAGUAAAGGACUUAAAUACAUAAUUGUUUUCUUCAAGGAUGCAGAACUUCUAUAUCAUGGAAAUCCUCAUCUCCUUUUUUUGAGAAUAGCAUUGAUACACCACCUAAUCAAGAACACUGAUACUGCAGUAAAGACUGAAUUUUAUAAUUGCUUAGAAGACAACUGGAAGAGAUUUCUGAACAAUAACUCCCCAUAUUUCUUAUUAACCUCAGAUGAAGGACUGAAUCAACUGCAGACCAAAUUUUUCCAUAUAAUUAUUAUUCAUGCCUUGUUCAAAAACAUCAAUGUUGUCCUUACUUCAGGCUACGAAUUUGAUACAGAAGGAAUAUAUGGGUACCGUAUCCACACUGGACAGCACCAUUGGAAAUUUUUUGGAGAGCAUGAAUCAGAGAUUAGAAUGUAUCUGGAAAAUGAAGCAGAACACUUGAAGGCAUCUGAUGCAGAAUCAUUCGUCUCUUUUUUUGGUUGUUUAUCUCUAGAAGAUGUGGAUGAAAAGAUCAUCCAUAAAAUGUCCUUAAUCCCAGAAGAAGAAGAGGAUAUCCGAUACAUUGUGUGCAUUGUGUCAUGGUCAUUGGUGCUCAACAUGUACAACAAGGAACAGCAAAGUAAAACUGCCACUACAAAGCAGAACCCACCAUUAUUAACACUGCAAGAAACUGCAGACCUGAUCAGGAUGUAUUGCCUCAGUGUGGCUUUUCUAUAUUAUUUACCUCUUGCGGAACGAGCUCAGAUUAGGCUUAUCAGAAACAACUGGAAUGAGGAAACCAAUAUGUUAAUUCAUCAACAUAAGUUUUGUGAAUUUCAUGUUUUGAAAAAUCUUGACUGUAAUACAUCACUGGACAUAGAUACUUCUACUUUGCCUGAUCUGAGUGAUAAUCUCCUGUGGAGAAACAUUGUACAUUAUUAUGAAUCAGGAAAAGGCCCAGAGCUUGAUUUGGAUAUAAAAUCAAAUAUUCAUUUGUGUUUGAUGUAUGAAAAAUUGUGGAAAGGUAUUUCACAACUAUCUGCGAGACUUGAUAUUGGAGCUUCCUUUCCACUGCGGAAAACUUCUAAGUGUUUUCUUACACCAGAGUUUUCACCAAAUAAAGGAAAUGCCUCUAACAUGACACUGCCUAAGUUAGAGCUGAUACCAAUGGAGUGUACACUAAUGGAUGAAUUUGCUGGCGAUAUUUUGAAUGACCUAUCUAUUUUUAAAAGUGAUACUGUUACCGUGCAAACAAAGUGGAGAAAACAUAACGAAUGUCAGUCCUGGUAUUCAAGAAGACCCCUCAGUGAAGACUGUGCUGGUACAGAUGGCAUCUAUCCCCGGAAAAACUUAAGAGAAUAUAUAAGACGUGCAAUUUGGAAUGCUGGAAGUGUAAAAAGCCAGGAGCAGAUUUCUAUCAUAUGUGGUGGAAGUGUGAGAGCACGAAAAAAUAUUGGAGAUCGAUUCAUGAAUCAAUGGAAAAGAUGGUUCGAGAACCAUUACCUUUUGAUCCACUUUUUUUCAUGGAAUAUUAAAGGAGAUUAUAAAUUUUUAGAAAAAUACCUGUGUUUCUGUGUGUUCCCCUCUGUGCAUGACAAUAUAUUUCUAUUUUUUGGAGAAGCUGCCAAGGAACUAUGGGCUCUACAAAACUGUCCACAAUGGCAAAUAUCUCCAUGUACUUAUGGAACACUUGAAGAAUUUACUACUUCAAAAAUGACUGAUACUGUGUUGUGUAACUCAAAUAAGAAUUAUACUGAUAUUGAGAAGAGCAAAGAAGAGCAUAAGGCAAAAUCCAACAUAGCAGCUCUGGAUGAACAGAAAAAGAAGUGUGAAGAACAAAAAAAAGGAGAAAGUAAUAUGAAGGACCUUUCUGUACCAGUUGAGAGGAAAGUUCAAGAGAUCUGCAGUUCUGGAAUUAACAUGGAGCCAACUGUCGACAAGUCUGUGCAGUGUGCAGUUAAAAUGGCUGAGCUGAAUUCUUCCCUUGACAUGUGGAAAAAACAUUGUGACAGUGCAGGGCAAUUCCAUAAAAAUUUAAAUUUAGCAGUUGACGUUAUGAGGAGAGUCCAUUUGUUGAUUGAAAACUACCAGAAUGUUUUGACGGAAGAGGAUUUUCAACAGAUUGUCAGAUGUUUUCAGUAUUUUGGAUUUGACAAUUUGAUAGCCACUUCAGAAUACACAAAGGUUUCAGAGAAGAAAGAUGAAUUUAAAAAGAAGUUUUCAAUAUACGCUGUUGGCAUAGGGUCAGCUCGAUUUCAGCUACAGUAUAUGAGCCAGUACCUGAUGCAGGAAGAGAGAAACAAACCAGACCCCAGGGUGCAACAAUUUAUACCAGAUUCAUGGCAGAGAGAAAUCCUUGACAUUGUGGAUAAAAAUGAAUCUGCUGUGAAUGCUCCUACAUCAUCAGGAAAAUAGGCCUCUUAUUAUUGCAUUGAAAAAAUUUUGAGAGAGGCGAUGAAGUGUAAUAGUGUAUGUUGCACCUACACAGGCUGUUGUUAUCAAGUGAAGGCAACUAUUGACAGUCGAUUUAACAGAAUAUUUCCAGAUGGCCAGUUCCUAUGUGGGGUUCUCACACAAGGUUAUCGGCAGUGGUCCUGGAUUGUCAGAUCUGUUAUCAUGGAGCAGAAGUUACAUCAAAACUUGGGAACACAUACUUCUUAUGAUCCAAUGUCCAUUUUUGGUUCUUUCUGCAAUGAUCAGCAACUUCAGAGCAUCUUACUGAUACAGGAUUAUUGUAUUAAUUUUAAAAAAUGCCCCACAAUUCCUCCUUCUGAAGACAAUGGAGCUGCUGAAGUGCUAAAACUGCUCAAACCUCAUGGUGAUUCCUGCUCUGAAACGCAAAUGAAGGAAUUAUUUCCAUAUUUUGUUGAAAAACUACAAGAAAUGGAUAAAUUGCCUGCACUUUUUUUCAUAUUCAAUAUUAGGAUUGCUGAAGAACUGGCUAAAAAGGUAUGCUGUUUCUUAGAGGAGAAGCAAAUGCUUAUAGGAGAAGUCUCCAGCUCUAAAAAUCAAGGACAUUUAUUGGCAACAAAGACUGAGCCAGCUGAUAAAUUAACAGAGACAAAACAGACUAGCAUCAUGCAAACAUACUGUGAAGAUAAUGAAAAGCUAAUUAAGAAGGUAGAACCUGGGAAUGUUAGGAAACAAUUUGAGCAGAUUUCUGGAAUAAGUGGUGACUGCACUUAUGCGAAUUAUCAGGUUGUUGGCAUGGAGGCUUUGCACAAGAUACUUAAUCAUGCAAGAUUCACAACAACUGGAGAACUGCAGGAGCUGGCCCUAAGAGGGAUAGGGUACCAUCAUGCCUUUAUGGAAUAUAAAGAGAAGCAACUUGUAGAGAUGCUUUUCAAAAUAGGAUUUAUCCAGGUGCUGACAUCUACGGGGACCCUUGCUUUAGGAAUCAACACGCCAUGUAAAUCUGUUGUCUUUGUACAGGAUUCUGAGUAUUUGGAUCCUCUGGCCUAUAGAUGGAUGUCUGGACGCACUGGGCAACGAGGUCAUCACUCAGUGGGAAAUGUAUUUUUCUACAAUAUUCCAUUCUCCAAAAUAGAGAGUUUCAUGAAAUCGAAGACAAUCCAUAUUCAGGGACAAUUUCUUCUGAGAACAUCUCUGAUAUUGAGACUUAUGCUGUUUGCUUCAAAAGCAGAUGACAAAACCAGUGCAAAAAAAAGGGUGAUGUCAUUACUGAAGAAUUCACUUCUAUCCUUUGAAGAACCUUGGACUCUGAAGAUGUUGAAACUCUAUUUCAUCUUUUCUUUACAGUUUCUUGUCAAAGAGGCAAGGAAAACGUUAUUGUAUAUACUUUUUCAAAAAGAGAUUGAAACUGAUAGCUUUCUCAUUCAAACAGGAACAAAAGUCUUUUCUGAGGCAGUGAUGGAAAAGCUUGUUGUGGUAUUAGCACACCUUUUUGGAAGAAAAUAUAUGCCUGCUGCUGUUGUUGGAUCCAAACAGAAAUUUUCCAGAUCAAAGGUAUUCCUGGAGGAGCUCCCUGAAGAUUUUGCAGCUACUUUAGAUAAAUACAACCAUAAAGUAGAAGAGAGCUUUGGACAAUUUCUACUGACAGCUUCCACGGUUGCAAACAACAGAAAAAGAUAUCAACUUCCUCUUUCAAAACUCGAUUUUUCAAACAAAGAGCAAUAUGACCACCCAUUGGCCUUUCACAUAAUGAAGUGUGAUAAAGAACGGACAGCAAUUUCACCUUUUGUGUGCCUCUCAGGAAAUUCAGAUCUUGAAUUACUGCAUGCAGGGUCUCUCAACAAUGUCCUAUUGCACAUGUUAGGUAUUACUGUUUCAAACAUCCCUGUUCUUUAUCUGAAGAAAUGUGAUAAUCACGGAAGAAAAAUGCCACUCAAUGCGUAUUUGCUUGACUUCUACAGACAUGGUUCUUUGAAGGCUAUAUGUCAAGAUAACGGACUUCAUGAAGGAGAAGCCUCUCGCUCUUUGAAAGACUUUGCUCAUUCCAUCCAAACAAUCAGUAUUUCUUUGCGUGAAUUCUGUAGCAGUGAAGAUCGCAAUGUUGUGUGGGCUUUUGAACAGUUGGCCAAAAGUUACUGGAAGAAACUGGAAGGGAUUGAAGAAGAGGGGGGGAAAUAACUUAAGUAAUGUACAUUGAAGAUGAACAUGCUGUAAAAUUAUGAAUUGUAUUUGGUAUUGAGACUUGAGGGUUCUGGGCUUAGAUUAUAGCUGAGUCGUGAAGGCCAGUUGGUGACCUUGGGGUGAUCAUUGGUCUUCAGUCUACCUCCCAGGGCUGUUGUGAGAAUGAAAUGUUGAGCUCAUGUACCUACUUGGAAGAAAACAGUGAGAUAAAAAUGCCUUAGAUAACAUACUUAUAUGUGUUAACUUCAAAAUUAGUAUUGGUAGUUUCAUGUUAGUGUUUAGAGCAGGACUGGUUAAAAUUAAGAGUCUUUUUAAAGUUAAAAGUUGGAUUUUACUUUUUUUAAAAUGAGAUUCCAAUUUUUUUUAAAGCCAGUUACUCUCUCUAAGUACAAAUAUAAAGUCAGUGAAUAGAGAAUUUGGGGAGAUGGAGCAGAUCUGAACAAGGAUGAUAACACUGCGUAUAAAUGUAGGGGAUUGCAUUUUUAAGGUACUGAAAAUUAAUCUGAAAACCAUUCAAAAUAAUUGCUUUAUGUGCAUCUAGCUUCUAAUGAUAUCUGUACCUUACACAUUUCUUAAUGUUACAAUGCGCUUCUACUACCAUAUAUAUCAUGGUUAAAUGCAAACUUCCUUACAGUUGAUUUACACUGUGAUUUAAAUCAUUAAAUUUGAAACUAUCAGAGAAACAAUUUAAAUCAUGAUUUAUACCAGUGACAGAUAUCUAGCAUCAUUUUUAUAAACUAUUUUCUUAAUAUAUGUAAAAUAAUUUCAUAGAAGUCACUGUAAGCCACCAAAGUCAUGAGAGCUUUUUUGGCUGAAGAAUGCAGUAUAAAUAGCCUAAAUAAAUAAAUAAAAAUAAAUUAUACUACAAUGUCCCAAGGCAAGACUUACCUUACAGGCAUGUUGCAAAGAUUGCACUAGAUAAUGUAUUUGAUUUGUGGAAUACUAGGCAAAUAUUAUAGUUUUGUGGAAUACUAUAUAAAUAUUAAUUAUUGUGCAUUGUGGAAUAAUAAUAAUAAUAAUAAUAAUAAUAAUAAUAAUAAUAAUAAUUUAUAUUUCCCGCCUCUCCCUGCGGAUCGAGGCGGGAAUGCAACCGAUAAAAUCAAACAAUAAAAUUACACAAUACCAUAAUACAUAAAAUAAUCAAUUAAAACACACCGAGAUGCAAUACAAUCAUUAGCGUAGCCAAAUCGUUGUCUGUUUCUAUACUGUUGAAUCAGGUGUAGAAAAUUCUAUAAGAUCCACUAUAAAAGAUCAGGUGGAUAGGCUUGCCGGAAGAGAUCCAUCUUAAGUGCCUUCUUAAAGACUUCUAAGGUGGUGAUGAGAUGUAUCUCUUCCAGUUAAGUUGUUCCAGAGUGUAGGAGCCGCAGCUGUGAACACUUUACGGGAAGUUGUAAUUAGUCUGGUCUUUGUAUAUUCCAAUAAAUUCUUCCCGGAUGUUCUGAGAGUGCGGGGCGGAUUGUGUAGGGAGAGGCCUUCCCUCAAGUAACUCGGGGCCCAAGCCAUGUAGGGCUUUAAAGGUGAUAACCAACUGUACAAAUUGUGUACUGUACAAAUUAUAGAAUUUGUUUAGCAUUAUGUAAUGUUAUACAAAUAUUAAUUAUUAUUAAUAUUGUGCAUUGUGGAAUACCAUACAAAUUGUGAAAUAUUAUACAAAUUAUGGAAUUUGUUUAGCAUUGUGGAAUACUAUACAAAUAUUAAUUAUUAGUAGUAGUACCUUUCCAUUCAACAGUUUUAUCUUCUGUACUUUACAUUCAACAUUAUAUUCUGAGCAGGGCUAACUCAACAGUCCAGGUUUUUCCAACUAAGCUUUUCCCAUCUUGGGACUAUGGUCUUAUUCUAUCUUUUGUGCGAAAAAUUAAAUGUUAAAAAGUACUUCAAACUAUGGACUUAUGUGAAAUGUUUGAACAAUUAUGAAAAGUAUACUGCAGUCUUUAAUCCAAUGAAUAGCUAUUUGAGAGAAAGUUCCACUCAAUUUAGGGGCCCAACAGACGACCUGAGAAAGCUGGCUUCUGGGUGACUUGGGGGCAUGGUAUUUUGAUGCUGUAUGGCCUGAAGAUGUCCAGCCAACCAGACAGGGGUGGCUUCAAGUUUUGACACCACACAUCCCUGGAGUGGCUUGAAGCCACCCUAGAGUUGUGAUGGGGCUGACUAAAGUGGCUCUUUACUGACCCAAAUAAGAGUGGAUCUUUUCCACUCCAAUUUGGGUCAGGGUUGAGGUGGAUUGGGGCUGGGGUGAGCGGUUUUGGGGCGGCCCCAGUCUGUCUUUUGAGGAUAAUGUGUUUCACUCCAUAGUGGGACUUAUGUCUGAUUAAUUAUGCAUAGGCUAACGACCUCUCUAGUGUGCCCCAGUAGCUGACCAAAUAAUUCAGAAACAGAUCUUAACUUGGACAAGAACACUUGGCAGUGUUCAACAUUAUUUUCUUUCAAACUAAUGUCUGUCUUUGUCAGGAGCACUGAUACACUCUCCAGGGAGGGUUGCCAGGUACCAACUUAUUUGUCUCUUUGUUUAAUCAGAUCUUUAAAUGUCAAUUUAAUUUAUAUUCACCUGCAGCUGUUCCUUCCUUAGUUAUUGUUGCUUUUAAAAUGAUUCUGGCUCUUGCUUUUUAAAUUACAUUUCACUGUGAACCACUCUUCAAACUAACAUAACUGAUGAUCUGUAUCAAUAACAAACAAAUUAAAUGUUCAUGAUGGACAAAACUCAGCAAUAAAUCAAGCUCCAUUCCAACUGUCA